AUGGCCUUCACCACGCUCAUCUUUGUGAUUGCGUCGUGCGUUGUGACGCUCCUUGCUUUCUGUGGCAACGCGCAGCUCUCAAGGAAUUUCUAUGCCACAACUUGUUCUAAUCUUCGUACUAUUGUGCGAAAUGCAACGCAGCAAGCCGUUACCAAGGAGCCUCGCAUGGCCGCUUCUCUCCUCCGCAUGCACUUCCACGACUGCUUUGUAAAUGGUUGUGAUGCGUCAAUUCUUUUAGAUGACACAACCACCGUCCAAGGUGAAAAGAAUGCACUCCCAAACAAAGACUCAGUGAGGGGUUACGAAGUUAUUGAUGAUAUCAAAGCUCAGGUGGAGGCAGCUUGCAAUGCCACUGUUUCUUGUGCAGACAUACUAUCGCUUGCUGCACGAGAUGGAGUUGUAUUGCUGGGAGGGCCUUCAUGGACAGUGGAAUUUGGACGACGAGAUGCAACAACAGCCAACCUCACCGGAGCAAAUACAGAUCUUCCAUCACCAUUUUCAGACCUUGCAACCCUAAUCUCCAUGUUCCAGGCCAAAGGCUUGACCGCCCAAGACAUGACUGCACUCUCUGGUGCGCACACCAUUGGACUAGCUCAUUGCUCUUUGUUUCGAAGUCGCAUAUAUAAUGACUCCAACAUCAAUUCUAGAUUCGCUGCUACUCGUCAGGCAUCAUGCCCACCCGACCAAGGCAACGGUGACACCAAUUUGGCUCCGCUCGACGUUCAAACCUCAGAACAACCAUUUGACAACUUGUACUACCAAAACCUUUUGACACAACGUGGACUUCUUCACUCAGAUCAAGUGCUAUUUAAUAAUGGGUCUCAAGAUGCCCUAGUUUUGAGUUAUAGCACUGACAAUUCUACUUUUUUUAGAGAUUUCUCUGCUGCAAUGGUGAAGCUAAGCAAAAUCAGCCCCCUUACUGGAACAGAAAGAGAGAUUAGAAGGAAUUGUAGGGUGGUUAACUAA